AUGUCUGCGCGUGCCGUUUCUCUCCCCGCGCGAUCGCGCUGCCUGCUCCGAACUCCACAGCACGCCCGAUUCUCGACCCGAGCCUCCCUGCUCGGUGCCGGAGGCCACUUCGAUCCGCCAACCGGAUGGCUGUUUGGCGUGAAGCCGGGACACAAGUAUGUCAAGGAGGGCUGGGAAGGAAUCUUCUACUACGGCUUCAUCGGAAGUCUCCUCGUUGCCGGCGUUGCCUAUGCAUUCAAGCCAGAUACAUCGAUACAAACAUGGGCUCUCGAAGAGGCACGAAGAAGACUUGAAAAGGAAGGCAUUCUUGAGGAUCCCGACAAAGCACAAAAACAAUGA